AUGUGGCUAUGCAAUAAUGACGCUCAGAAUGGAGUGGAAUAUACUGCAGCACAAUAGGAAUUAUUCCUCUGUUAAGAUUUGUCAUCUUCCACAUGACCCAGUAAACUGAGUUACUCUGACAUUUCCAGGGGAUCAAAUUGCUCUGGUCAUCAUCUGUCAUACCACAGGUAAGGGUAAAGCUACAGGUUUAUUUUACUUAUAGUUCCUCUCACAUGGGGUGAGGGGGUUCUUACAUGGGGUGAGGUGGUUUCAGUCUUCUGCUUCUGCCAUAUAUAAAUACUGCCACUGAAUGCAGCACAUCACACAACCCUCUCACUGGUCUGAUAACAGGAUCAAGUACGGAAGUGAAGAUGCAUUCAUUAUUCCUUAUAUUUCUUUGUGCUGGCCUAUGUUGUGCCACUUCUGACAGCCAACCAGAAAAUCUUGAGAUUCUCAUGGAUAAUGUUCUGGUCCUGAGGGUGCCUACUGCUCAUGGUACGAUGACAGAAGUUCCUCUGACUUGUGGAGACGCUUAUCAGAACAAACCUGUGUUUUGGAAGAAAAACGGUAAGGCGUUUACGCCAGCUCUCGAGGGGAACAAGGUCAAAGUUCUGGUGAAAGAGAUGAAUGGAGGAAACUACUCUUGUCACUUACAUUUAAAUGGAGAAUACCUCAACCACACUGUGGUCAUGGUCAGACUAAAACCAGAUAACAGGACUGUCAUACUGGAGAAAGAAUCCCCUGCAGAAGGUCACAUCCACUGCUCAGCACCAAACUACAAUGGCUCCUUUCACUGCACCUGGAAAAGAACACAGUACAGAACCCAUGCUGCUGUGCUCCUGGUAAAGGCUGAACGUUUUACAGAGGAGAUUCCCUGCGUGCUGGAUGCUGAUGGAUCAGGGGUUAGCUGCCAGGAUGCCAGCUGCUCUUACAACGAGGAACAACACCGCAUCUCCCUCACCAUUUACAUGCACAGCUACUCUCGUCUUGAGGGCUACACAAAGUCUUUCUACCUGAGAGACAUUGUAAGGCCAGCACAACUCCCUAAUCUGCAUAUCAGUAGUGGCAGGGUGUUCAGCUGGGACUAUCCUGACUCCUGGGAGAAGCCCUGCACCUAUUUUGGUCUUCACUUCCAGGUCAAAGCUGUCCCCAGCGGACAUUUCUGUCACAGUGAAGAGUUCAUAAUGAAUAACACCACUGAUAAAGCCCAGUAUGAGGUCAACAUCAAAACCAAGAAGUAUGUUUUUUGUGUGCGGGCUCAGGAUAAGCACACCAUGGGGCCAUGGAGCCACUGGAGUCAGUUCAAAGUGAAUAAAAAUGACGUGAAGUACUAAGGUCUGUCACUGCACUGCAGCCAUGAAAGAAGAAAACUUGGACUAAAUACUCUUUCAGUUCUCACCUCUUUUAUUUUUUGAUGUGAUGCACAGAGUGAAGUGGAUGUAUACAUGUACAGUAUUUAUUCAUCAUUCAUUGAAGUUUCCUCUGGAACUAAGGUGCAUUUUUUAAAGAUGCUUGUUUUUCUUGUUUAAACAUUUUUAUAAUCUGAUUAAAAUAAAUGAGCAUUUUUACAUAUUAUAACUUAUUUGUAACUAUCUUUAAUAAUUUUCAACUGAAGGUUUAAUUACAUUUCAUAAUAAAGAUUUGAGCAUCUUUAUUGACUGCACUGGUUGUCCUUGUUAAAUUGUAAAUAACUGU